GCUCUGUAUUUCUCAUGGUAUUUUUAAUCUAAAGCUUUCACGAUAUUCAUUUGAACAACAUGUUAAUUCUACAUGUCUAGACUCCAAGGUGCACGCAUAUUCAAUUUUAACUAAUUUUACUAAUGUGAAUGCAUCGAUGGUGGUGGAUGCAAUAUAUGAGUACUUCACGGCAUAUUAUGUUCCAAACUCCUCGAAUUUAACAAUAAGGCCAACUACGUUAGACGAAGCAUUUACUCGGAUAAAUAUUCCCAUUAAUGGUACAGCAGAAUAUGAAAUAAUUCUAAUAUCGGUUAAUGCGGCUGAAGGAUAUAUAGGUGCAUAUUUUAAGGAAACGUCACAAGGAUCAACGCUAAAAAAAACCGAUGAUUUAACGAAUCUUAAUCUUAUUAAUUCGUCAAAAGUAGCAGCGAGUAUUAAUGGAAAUGAUUCAGACAAAAUAUCGUUGUUGAAAAUGCUCAUCAUACAUAAACCAGAUUAUAUAAAAACGAACGAAACUGAAACAAACGGUUCAGUUGUAGUGUCGUCUGUAGUUAUGGCUGACGCAAAAUCAAAAGAAAAUGUGAACGUAUCUGUUUCUCUACCACUAACGGUGGUUUUAAUUCAAAAAUUUCUUGUUUAUAUUCGAACAUUUGCUGGUUUAACAAGUCGUCUCGUUGCAAAACAUAUAAUCAGCCAUGCUAGACGAGCUGCAACUGCACAUCAAGCCCACAAUCGACAGAAAAGAGUUAUUUUAGUUCUGUUAUCAUCGUGUAUUACACAAGGUUUAGGAUGGUUAUUAGGACUAGGGUUAGCACCUCCAAAUGAACGUGCAGAAACAAUCUUAUCCUGGAUAUUUGUCCUAUGCAUUGCUCUUGAAGGUGUAUGGUCAAUUGUGUUCUACAUUUUUAUUCGGCAGGAAAGAGCAGCUGAUUUCAAACGGAAACAAUACAUGGCGGAACAAGACACAGAUCAUGAGGAUAGUUCGAAAGUACUGCAAAAUAUUCGACCAAAUCGGAAUGCAAAACGUGAAAGAAAUUUCCUUAGAGAGAUGCAUUCGAUAACAGAAACCUUAUAUCCUAUUGAGAAAAUUGAUGAUACAUACAAUGGUUGA